CCAAGGGUGGACCGUUUCUUCUUCCUCUUCUCUUUCUCUAUAAUACGAUCCCUCUCCCCUCUCCUUUCUCACGCUCACACACAACUCUCUACUUCCCUUGCCUUUAUCCCCGCCGAAUCAUCCCCUCUCCUUCCCAAGACUUUUACUUUCUCUCACCAUGAAGAAGACCAUUUCCAAGAUCUUCAACGGCAGUAGGAAAUCCAAGGAGGACGAGAAUGUUUCCUCCAUCACUCCUGCGCAAAUGGGGGAGAUGAGGGGAGUCAUUCCUCCUGAUUAUGGCGUCCAGGAAGCCACGGGUACUACUUUGGAGCGCAAUCCUGACACCUCCCGCCGACUGGUCGUCCACUACGACUCGGUUAGGAUGGGAUGCCGCUUCCCUCUUCAUCCCCUCUUGAUCGAACUUUGCAACCGCUACGCCAUACCUCCCGGUCAGAUUUCCUCGAACUCCCACGAGAGUCUUUUUGGCUUCUUGGCGCGGUGUCACAAGAGAGGCAUCCAACCUACUCUGAAGCUCUUCCUCUCUUUCUUCCGCCCACAUAAGUACGACAGUGAGUUGGGCCGGGGGUACUUGAGUUUCACGGCCCGGACCGAUAUGCAGUUUUUGGACAGCCCCGUUGACAAACUUGAUGACUGGUUCCGUCGCUUCUUCGUGGUGGUAGUCCCGGAGAAUCUCCCCUUCCCCAAUAACGGCUAUCCGGUUCCCCGAGCGCUUCUCUUCAAGGAUUCAAACCUCCGGGGUCUUGGGUACUGGGUGUCUCCCGAUACUCCUCUUCAAGAGCCGUCGGGAAACACAACUUCCUCUUGGGUUCCUCCUUUCAGGAGCACUCGACUCUGCUGGCGGUCAUCUCGAAGGGAUCCUUCCCCAGAGGUGGACACCGAGGGCGAAGAAGCAGGGUCCGCGACUGGGGCCCUAUCUUUGGCGCUUGUUGACCAACCUCCCCUUUCGGAAGAGGUGGUUGUUGAGGACGUCUCCGAAGAUGAUGGCCUUUACGACUUCCCUCCGGGGACCCUGAGGGAAUCCGGCUUUAUCCCCGGCGUUCCUCACACUCCUCUCUUUGGUUGGGGAACUUCUUUUUCGGCUCAACCCAUGGGUCCACUAGGUUUCCACCCCCAAACCAGUGGGACCCUUCUGACUGGGCGCGCCACUGGUUCGCAAGGGUCCCUUGAGCCGCCUCACGUUCAGGUGGCCGGGAUUAGGAUUCAGUGCAAGGAGUUAAUUCGGUCCUCCAGUUUUGGGAAGGCCACUUUCCCAUCCUCCAUCCGUCCCACUGCCAUCCCCGGUCCAUCAAUUCAGGAGACCGGGUCUUCUUCUUCUUCUCAGGUCCGCCACAAGAGGGGCCGGAACUCCACCCCUCUCCCCGGUUCUCUGGUGUCUGCCGGUCCUCCCAUGGGGACCGCCGAUGAUGAGUUUCUCAUUGGGCAAGGGAGUCAACCCUUUCCCUAUGCCCGGGAGGCCUAUCAGUUCACAGGAUACACGUCCUGGGUAGGACGGGACUUCAACAACAAGCUUCAAGAAAUACAACAGCUCAAGAGGGACCAUCCUGAUGUGGUCCACAGCCCGGCCUGGCCAUUUAUGCAGGAGGAGUAUACUCGUAUGCGCCAUUCCCUUCGCCUAUUGGACCGCAAUGCUGCUUUAUCAAAGGAGCUGAGGGAUUUCAAAUCUCAGCACUCUAUCUGCGUUGAGCAUCCGGAAUAUGAUCGGGUUUUGUCCGAGAACGAUCAGCUCCACUCGGACCGUGAGCGGCUUGCGGCCAAGGUCGGGCAGCGUGAUCUAAACCGGAUUCACGACCUCAAGGAGAUAGAAUUCCUGAGGAGGGACUUGGAGCGGCAGGUCAGAUAGCGUGAAUUGCAAGUUCGAGAGGAGGCAGAACUUCACCGAAGGAGAUCGGAGGAGGAGCUGGAGCGAACGUGGCGUCGUCGAUCCGAGGAGGAAGCGAGGAAGGCGGCGGAAGAGGUCGAGCAGAGGUUGCGCCUCCAACAUGAAGAAACGGAACGUCAACUU